UAAAAGUCGAGAAAAGGAAAAACAGGUGAGCCGCCGAGGCCCUGGAUUCUAUUUUUUACCACGAAGAAGAAAAUCCUGUUUUCUCUGAUUUCAGAAUGUCGUAACCUCUUUGGAAUUUAUCACGAAUUUCUUAACGGAUAGCUGUUCAACCUGAGUGAGUGUUUUGCUGUGGAUUUAUUUGUCGCAUAAUAAGGAUUUUAUCUGGACCUAUGCUACCACCAGUGUUUAACCCUGUGUCUUGGGGCGUGGACUGUCGGAGAGUAGGCCUUUCAUCAUUGUCUUGUUGAGGAUGGCUCAUUGGCGGAGGGUCAAUGGCGUGGAGGAGGAUGGGGACAGUGCGUGUGGUCGGCACCCCCACCAAAUCGUCUACAAGAAGGUGGAGAAGCUCAUACAAAAGAUGCAGGAUGAGAAGAACGGCGUGCCAGUCCGUACAGUCAAGAGCUUCAUGUCCAAAGUGCCAAGUGUCUUCACAGGUGCUGAUUUAGUUCAGUGGCUGAUGAGGAUACUGGAUGUCGAUCAAGGCAAUGCCAUUCAUCUGGGGUCACUGCUGGCUGCCAACGGCUACUUCUUCCCGAUCACCGACCACGUCCUCACGCUCAAGGACGACAACACGUUCUACAGGUUUCAAACGCCCUACUUUUGGCCGUCAAACUGUUGGGAACCCGAAAAUACUGACUAUGCUGUUUAUCUGUGCAAACGAACUAUGCAAAACAAGUCCAGGCUGGAACUGGCAGACUACGAAGCGGAGAACUUGGCCAAGCUGCAGCGAAUGUUCUCAAGGAAAUGGGAGUUCAUCUUCAUGCAGGCGGAAGCCCAGGCCAAGGUGGACAAGAAGAGAGACAAGAUGGAGAGGAAAGUGCUGGACAGUCAGGAGAGGGCAUUCUGGGAUGUGCAUCGGCCGGUACCGGGCUGCGUCAACACCACAGAGAUGGACAUCAAGAAACUCAGUCGGAUCAAUCGCACAUGCAAGAAGAAAAAGAUGAACUUUGGAGCGGGCGGCGAGAGAAUAAGUCCCUGUGCGUCAGAUUCAGAUCUGCGAUCCCAUUCGGAAGAACUCAUCAGAACGGAUGCAUCUCAUCAUGAGCAUCUGCACUUUGCAUGUUGUUCACCCAUCUUGUUCAUCAAGCGCAAGGUUGAAAUGCAGAAGGCGAGGUUAGAAAAGAGACAGUACAAGACGUCAAAAGUUGCAGAACUUGGGGACAUUGGGUUCACUAUGAUGAGACUGGUACAGCGGCCAGACAGGUUGAUAAGUCACUGUCAGCAGUACAGGGACUAUGACAGUUUCCUCUCUGCGCCAACGGAAGGCUCCAAUCCUUGGUUAUCGGAUGAUGUCUCGUUGUGGGAAGCAGCCACAACAAUGAACCUGAAGGACGUCCCUGUCUGGCGGGUCAAGAAGUGGGGCUUCUCCUUUGACGAUCUGCUGAAGGAUCCGUUAGGUCGAGACCAAUUCGCAAGAUUCCUGGCCAAGGAAUUCAGUCAAGAAAACCUAAGGUUUUGGAUAGCAUGUCAAGAGUUGAGAGCCACAGCAAUCAGCAAAGUUCCAGCCAAGGCACAAGAGAUCCAUGAUGAGUUCCUGUCUGAAGCGUCGCACUGUCCCAUCAACGUGGAUUCCAAGGUGCGUGAGGUCACGCGGAAAAACAUGAAGGGGGCGGCCGGCCGGUACACGUUUGACUCCGCCCAGGAGCACAUCUACAUGCUGAUGCGCAGCGACAGCUACUCACGAUUCCUGAAAUCUGAGCUGUACAAAGAACUUCUUAAUCCCAAGAAAAAGAAGAAGUAAUGAGCAGCAGAGCAAGUUUCUUCACCAUCUGACCAGCUUUCAUAUAGGAUGACAAGAAGCCAGCGUGGUCGUCUAAAGCCCCCGUCCUUGCCCCUCCCUCUUACCCCUCAUGUAAUCCCCGACCUCCAACUUCCCGGACUUAAUAACAGAGAGCAACAAUGCCCAGGCAUGGAAGGACUCCUAGACACUGCGUCCCGCCAGAGAUGAAGGACUCAAGAAAGCGGGAAUGCAUCCAGAAUCUUGGAUGUGAUUCAGUCGCCACAAAUUACGACAAUACCAAAAGAAACAAAACCACCACUGUGAUGGUCUCUGCAUCUUUUGUACAGUUCUUCUCGUCUCUGAUUGAUUUCCCUCCUACUUUUUUGUCGUGGAUCAAUUUAUGCUGCGAUGAAUCUUAGAAGGAGAGAAUCAAACAUCAGCCAUGUUCUGCUGCCGUAGUCAGUAGCUUGAGCAGUCUUCGACCUUAUUUGGAUUUUGCAAACCCAACAUUGCUAUUGCAACACCGAAAUGUUUUGCUUCGCUGCCAGAAAAAAACAGCAUUUGUUUAUAAAUAACCAACCUACAUCAGCAUUGUCAAACUGCUCAGGCAUUAUACAUUGCUGCUAGCCCUAUGUCCUCUCCUAUGACAUGGAAAUGGACAUCUUUGAUUGCUGCAACGUAGUCCUGUAGAAUUUAAUCCACCUGCACACAUCAUGCGCCUCAGAGGGUUGUCAGGUCCCCAAAGCAUCACUUUGCAGCAGAAAGUUCCUGAGUUUUUCUGGGAAGGCAAGCCCAACUGUACUUCGCUGCUCAUGAAAGAACCCUUGACUGAGAUAGUAUAUGCCUGAAGAACCAAAGAUAGUAAGCAGCAAUAGUAAUGAGUACGAGUACCAAGUACGUUUGAGCGCACAGGACAAGGAAGGCCAGACGUUGGAGCUACACAUGUAUGUGGCCCAGCCAUUGACACAGCAGGAAAUUGCUCAGCUGAUGGUAGAUACACACAUCAAACUGUCGUGCCACAUGUUGAAUACAGUCCUCAUCAUGCAGAGCUCCUGAUGAAUAUUCAAUGUUUGUUACCCAUCAUGCCUGUGCUCGCCUGUUUGUGGAAUGCCGUCAAAGUGUGUACUAGUGCAGAGGGCUUUUGCGUGUCCUUGGAACCCUCAAACGGAACUCAUAUUGCUAAUGCGUCAAAGAAAUGAGUUUUACAAAAUUGCAACUCUGACUACAACGGGAGCAGUUCCGAUAUCUUGGUUGCACUUUGAGGUACACCUGCCCCAACACUGUAUGUUUUGCCCGGAGUUAAGAAUAAUCAACUGAGUGUCACUGUAAGACUGAAAUACCUUCCCCCAAACUGCAUGCAAAGUGUUAGUAUGUAAGCGGAUGGAAAAAGACUGCAUGAAUUUUUUGUAGAUUGAUCAGUGGAAGCCAACGCAUGAGGAUAACUGUACAAGAAUGAUCAAGAACAGUGUAUACAGGUGUGGUGGAAGAGGGUUAACUUCUGAAGAUCAAGACCAAUUUGUUUAAAGCCUAGUUUUCAUAUAUAUCUCAGAGACGCAGAGUCCACCUGCUGGCAUUCUGUGUGUAAAAUGAUGUUUGCAUGAGUACAGUGAAUUGAGGUCACCUUCUAAUUUUAACCAAAACAGGAAGCCAUAAAUGUGAAUUAAAAAAAAAAAUACAAUUGCUGUACUUGACAAAUAUUGAAGUGACAUAUCUGUUUAGCAUUUUAGAUAAGUCUUUGCCACCAAAAAAAGGAGGUUUUUUUAAUUACAUUUUUAGAUGAAUGAUGUCACAAACCAUCCUUUCCCUGACAAUCUGCGUCUUCGCACAUUGCAUUCCCCCUGCGUCCCUUACGACUAUAUGAAAACUAGGCUUGAAGCAUUGCAAAUAUUGGUGUCGCAAAUGAGCUACAAGUACAUUGGAAUUGGAUGAGAUGAUUUGGCAGAGGCGGCAUCAUAUGGAGGCACCGUUUUGCUUGGAACGUAGUCUCCCCGUUCCGUAUUUGAACACGCAACUAGAUUUUUUUGCUCAGAACAAUUCACCUACCAAUCCUAGUUCUAGAUACCGGAAGCCUUCAUCUCCUGUAGAAUGGAACAAAGAAAAAACAAAUCUUUCCAAGCAAAACUAAAAAGAAGCAUUUUAUGUACAGAUGUACAAAUUGAGAAUUUCCUUUUUAUUAUUAAAUUGGAGCGCAGAUAUGUAAACUCAACAAAACACAAGAUUUAUGAUAACUGUAUUAUAGAAAAACUGUUUAUAUUUUAGUUGAUGCAAUGUCAAGUGAAAUUUGUUGAGUAGUAAUGGGUGUAACAGCGUGUAUGCAUGACUGUGAGGAGCGGAUAUAUUUUCAAGUGCAGACAUUCAACGGUGAGAAUUCUAUCAAAUUUCUUAAGCAUAUGUUAUUCUUUUUUUUCAUAACGUCAUAACGGGUACCAGUUAGUAACAGAAUUAUUGUUUAUUUGAGUUGCAAGGUAUUCAAUGCCAAAGCAUUAUAAACGAGAGGAUUUUAAUUGUCUUUGUGAAGAUUUGUAUUCAAACAAACAAAAAAACACAAAUCUAUUGUCUUUAGGUUUCUCUCUUAUGGAAGGGGGUGGGGCUAAAAAUUAGGAAUAACGACAGAUUGUUACAUGUAUUCCCGUAAGUCAUUGUUUGCCAUGUUGGAAAUGUUUUAACGGCAGCAUUAUGAACAGCUUAUAUACAGCAACAAUUUGUCCAAAAUUCUACACUUGCAUAUUUUGCGUCGACAGCUACUCUGUCAUUUGCAUAACUGAACUGAUGUGGAUGUCAAUAUAUCUAAAUGUACAUUUUGUCUAAAAGCUUAAUAUUUAGCCAUCCCCCCCCCCUAAAAAAGGUCGGGUACUACCACGUCAAUCAUUUCAAAAGAGUUUCUUUUCUUUUCUGCGUCACAGAGAGACAAAAUAUAAGAUGGAGUUUAUCAUGGAUGGAUCUAGAUGUAGUGAAGUGUGCAGUUUUAUCUUUGUAAAACAAAGGUUUGAGUAUAUAAUUAAUACAUUGUAUAUUGUAAUUGCCUCAUUUAGUAUAAAAGAGAGGAGAGUGUUGAGUAUAUACAGACACAUUUUACAAUGUGGGGACAAAUAUAUAUUAAGUUUUGAGAUCUACGUGUAAAUACCAUCAAGGUUAUGUACAGAAUACAAUAGAGACGAUUUUUACAGCGAUACACUCUUAGCUGUAAGGGUAUUAUUAUUAUUAUUAUUAAUAUUAUUAAUCUAGUUGAUUGAGGUAUAUAAAGUUUUAAGAGAAAUAAUUAAGGAGACUACGAAAAAAAAACAAAGUAUGAAAUGUUUCAACAAAAUAAUAAUAAAUUGUAUAUUUAUUAGAGAGUUACUAUCGGAUGAUUUUUAGGUAGAGAGCAAGGAAUUUAAAUUAAGCCACUAUUUUUGCCAGAUUUUUUUUUUUUUUUGGUUGGGUCGUGGAUGAUUUAUAUGCACAGCAGCUGGUUUUAGUUGAUAUAAGGGGAGAAAUAAGUUGUGCACCAAUCAGAGUAGGAAGAAACGUUUUAUUUCAAGCGUCAGAACUCGCCCUGUAGUGUGUUCGUACAUCAGGGUGAGAAGUUUCUUGACUGAAUAGUCCCGAGCUUCGUAAACCUGUACACACAGAUAACAUUAUCUUCAACCCAUCUUUGAAGCAAAUUCCCAGACUAAAGAUUUUUGAGGGGUAAAAAAAGACCCGCGUUGUUGGAAGACAACUAAGUUAUGAGGACCUGCCUUUCCUCUUGGAAAGGUGUGAGACAAUGGACCGAUCCAGUAAGCCCCUCCCACUGCGCGCAUGGGCAAAUUAACACGCGCUCCUCUCCAAUGCCACACUGCAUUUUCCUGCCGCGCGCAUUAUACGCGCGUGCACACAUGUCGGACUUUUAUGCACGCACGUCGGACAUAUAUCACGGCUGUGAUUGGUCAGAAUACCAUGGGGGGGGGGGGCUCUUACUGGAUCGGUCCAUUAUGGUGCAAGCAAUAAGAGAAACUGUCUUCACUUAGUUUUCAGUGUUGGCAUACAGAGUUUGGGGGUUGCUAAACUCUCAACUACACCCCGUUUGGUGAAAGGCAUUGUGGGGCCUAUGGAACACAAAAAAAAAAAAAAGUUGACUAAUGUUGAGGACACUUUUCCCAUUCUUGAAACUUUUUGGACGUGGUUUGCAGACUGUAUGAAGCACAAGAUGGCUGUAAGACCAAGACAAUUAUCACCAGUAUUCAAGGCCAGUAGGGUGUGAACAAGAGCUCGUUAGCAGAUCUCGGUUUCUCUCUGAUUGGUGCAUUUAAUGAAAUAAUCUUUACCAAAAAAGGUAGCUAGAUAAUUGUUCUCUGAUUAAAUACAGUGAAAUGGUGUGCACCAAAUUUUUUUGAUUUUAUGGUUUGUUUUUUUUACAAAAAGGACUCGUUUCUGAAAUUUUUAGAAUCGUUUUAAAAUUAAAGUCUUUUGUUGAGUAGUUGGUAACUAUCUGAAAAUUGAUCUAUUUUAUUCUAAUUUUAAUAUCAAGUCCUUUUUUAAGUAGCAAUUAAUAAUCUGACUACUGUUCUUCUAUUUGCGGGCAGUUUCAUCUUUCUCUCUUGCUUGACUGGCUGAGAUUUCCAAUGGAAUCCAACAACGGUAGCCAUUAAAGGCAAUGUUGGUGACCUUGACACAUAGCUACCUUUAUUAUCAUAAAAAACUGCAUACCUAAAAAAAGUUGUUAAAAAUGCCACAAAAGAGAGUAACAGCCAACAGUUGUCAGCAAUAAUAAAGUGAAUACUUAAACUAAAAACGAAAUAGUUUUUGUUUUGUCCAAUGCAUAAUUGCGGAAGUGACAUUACCUGGGUGAUUAAAAAAAUAACCUAACUUUCAAAGAACAAAAUCGCACUGCAGAGUGAAGAUGCCUGGCUCACAAAUAGAAAAACAGGAAUAAGCUUAGUUUGGGGUUUGAUGAUUUUCUUGUUUAUUUGUAGGAUUCCUGAAAUAUGGGUGUUGAGGCAGCACAAUGUCAUUGAUUCAUUUCAUACACUUUUAAUACUGGAGGAGGCAUUUUGGGAACUGUUUAUCUUUGAUUUAUCCUUAACGUAUUUCCACAAGCGGCAGCAAAUAUUGCUCCGCUGUCAAUGCGGGUUUGAUGUGCUCAAAACUGCUUUUGACGAGUCAUUUUUUUCUCGGUUUCAAGUCUAGUGAAAAGUGAAUACAAUUAUGUACUAAGGACCAAGAAAAUGACACAAUAGACGGAUUUCAAAGUGGAAUUGAAACCGAGGCACACGAUGCUAAGCCAUUGUAUGACACAGAGGACCUUUUCUUUUUAAAUCCUCUCAACAAAAGAUAGCACUGACGCCCUCGCUUUCAGUGCCAAUUUGAAAAACAUCAAUAGUCUUGUCUUCUGCAUGCCAUGCAUUUUGCAGAAUACAAGGUGCAAGACAAAAGAAAAAAAACAUGUUAAUAUCAUCUCUGACUGCAUGCACGUACAUGGACAGUUAUUUGAGACAUCAAUUUCAGGAAAAAAAUCAUCAAGCCCACUUUAACCACUUUGAAUUUAAAGGGUCAUUUCCUUCAUCUUAACUCUGCUUUAAGCAGGAGCACUUUCCACCUGCUUUUUAAACUUGUAGUUCAUGAUAAGCAAAUAUUCCGUUUCUAUGCCUCCUCCGCUGUAACGUACAUCAGUUCCCAGGGUAGACUGGCCUGUACGUACAUUAUUCAGUUCCUUUGUCUAGUCUUAAGGACCAUCGUUCUCUUGUACACCAAAGCACAGUACCUGAUUAUUGGUAACUGUUUAUUGCUUGUCCUGCUUUUGCACCUGUGCAAUAAAUGGUUUUCUUACUCUGAAAACAUGCAACUCUACAUACAACA